AUGGCCAACCCAUUUUUACAAACUCAUUAUCGACGAGGCGCCACUGAUUUGACGCCUGAGCAAAUCGAAGAAAUUAGGCAUCUCAAAAAUAAGGUUCCCACAUAUAUGAUAGUGAGGGAUUAUCAUAUACGUAAAGAGCGCGUCCAUGAUAUAUGGAACAAUUGUGAACGGUCACAACAGAGUAAAAAAUAUGAAUUGGCAGAAAUUCUUAGUACAGACAAAAAAGCAAAACUUCGUACCUCCGAUUCAUCUCCAGUACAUGAGUCUGUUUGUUUAAACAAACCGCAGGAUAAGCAGAAAAAGAAAGCAUCGGGGUCUAAGUCUAUUCGUGUUUCUGAUGAUUUAUCGGAAAUAGUAGGUGGAGACUAA